AUGAAUGAAAGUCAAAAUAUUAAUAACAAUAAUAUUAAAUCAUCUAUAAAUGGUUUAAAUGAAUGUAAUGAUUGUAAUAUUCAAAAUGAUUUGACAAAACAUACAUUAACACAAGCUACAAAUGUAGUUUUUCAAAAACAUAAAAUUACCCGACAUGAAAGAGCAAUGAAUCUUGGAAAGUAUGGUGGUCAUAGAGGUUGUACACUUUGGAUGACAGGAUUAUCUGGAGCAGGAAAGACAACAAUUUCAUUUGCUGUUGAACAAACAUUAACUAGACUUGGUAUUCCAUGUUAUGGAUUAGAUGGUGAUAAUGUAAGACAUGGUUUAUGUAAAAAUUUAGGUUUUAAACCAGAAGAUCGUACAGAAAAUAUAAGAAGAGUAGGUGAAGUUGCAAAAUUAUUUGCUGAUAUGGGAAUUGUUGUGUUAGCAUCAUUUAUUUCACCAUAUAAAUCUGAUAGAGAUGCUGCCAGAGAAGUUCAUCAAAAAGAUAAUCUUCCAUUUUAUGAAGUAUAUGUUAAUACUUCAUUAGAUGUUUGUGAAAAAAGAGAUCCUAAAAAUUUAUAUAAAAAAGCUAGAAAAGGUGAAAUUAAAGGAUUUACUGGAAUUGAUUCAGAAUAUCAAAUACCACAAAAUCCUGAUUUAAUAGUUGAUUCAAAUAAUAGUUCUGAAGAAGAAUGUAUUUCUAAAGUAUUAGAAUACUUAUAUAAACAAAAAAUUAUUCCAGAAGAGGCAUAUCAUGAACUUUUUAAAAACCAUGUAAAAGAACUUUUUGUAUAUGAAAAUAUUGAGGAAGAAAAAAUUAAAAGUUUAUCAUAUAAAAAAAUUGAUCUUGAAUUAACAGAAGUUGAAUGGCUUCAGGUUCUUUCUGAAGGAUGGGCAACACCAUUAACUGGAUUUAUGAGAGAACGUCAAUAUCUUCAAUGUUUACAUUUUGGACAAAUAUUUGAUUUAAAAAAAAAAUGUAAUAUUCCUGGAGAAAAUAAUAAUGAUAAUGAUUAUCCAUUUACAGAAGGAAUAUCACAAUCAAUACCAAUUGUCUUACCAAUUGAUGAUAAUAAAAAAGAUGAAAUAAAUGGAGAAACAAAUGUUGCAUUAUAUUAUAAUGGAAAACUUCUUGCUACACUUAAUGAUAUUGAAAUAUUUCCUCAUAUCAAAGAAGAAAGAGUAUGUAGACAAUUUGGUUUUAAUGAUAAAAGACAUCCCGGUGUUAAUAGAAUUUUAAAUCAAGGUAAUUGGUGUGUUGGUGGUGAUUUAAAUGUUUUUGAAAGAAUAACAUUUAAUGAUGGUUUGGAUAAAUUUAGGUUAACCCCUCUUGAAUUAAGAAAAAUUUUUAAUGAUAAAAAAUGUGAUGCAGUAUUUGCUUUUCAAUUAAGAAAUCCUAUACAUAAUGGUCAUGCAUUAUUAAUGAGAGAUACAAGAGAAAAAUUACUUAAAAAAUAUAAAAAUCCUAUGCUUCUUCUUCAUCCACUUGGUGGAUGGACAAAAGAUGAUGAUGUUCCACUUCCAGUUAGAAUUAAACAACAUGAAGCUGUUUUAGAUGAAGGAAUUUUAUCUAGAGAAUGGACAGUUUUAUCAAUAUUUCCAUCACCAAUGUUGUAUGCAGGACCAACAGAAGUUCAAUGGCAUUCAAAAGCAAGAAUUGCAGCAGGAGCAAAUACUUAUAUAGUUGGUAGAGAUCCAGCAGGAAUAGCACAUCCAGAUACAGGAGAUUAUUUGUAUGAUCCUACACAUGGUGCAAAAAUUUUAUCAAUGACUCCAGGAUUAUCUAAUCUUGAAAUUAUACCUUUUAAAGUUGCAGCAUAUGAUAAGACAAAAAAUAAAAUGUCAUACUUUGAUCCAUCAAGAAAGGAUGAUUUUAUUUUUAUAUCUGGAACAAAAAUGAGAGGAUUUGCAAGAGAUGGUAUCCAACCACCAGAAGGAUUUAUGGCUCCAUCUGCUUGGAAUGUUUUGGCUAAUUAUUAUAAAACUCAAAUUAAAUCAUAA